UCUGCUGUGCUCUGUUACUGAGCAACAGAUCCAACCUGGCCUGGCAAGACAGAAUUCAGCCAAAAGGUGAUUCACCUGCACACAGGAGCAGCUGCCUGCUCGCACAGCCCAGCCUGCAGAGUCAUUCAUGAAGGGAUUUCUGAUCGUCCUGGCUGGAGUUUCAGUGCUGGGCGUUGUGACUACAGAGAGAUCAUCAUGUCUGAAACGUGCAGUAUUCUCUUCCACAAACUUUGAGAACAUCCUGACAUGGGAAACAGAGGCAGAUAUUCCCCCUGGCACCGUGUUUGAUGUCCAGUACAAACAGUAUGGGGAGAAAUCCUGGCUCAGCAAGCAGGAGUGCCAGAGCAUCACCCAGCUCUUCUGCAACCUCAGCAGGGAGACAGAGAACUUCACGGAGCAUUUCUACGGGCGGGUGCGGGCGCGGGGCUGCUCCUCCAGCUGGGUGCGCUCCGAGCGCUUCGAGCCCCGCAAGGAGACCAUCAUAGGGCCCCCCCAGGUGGAACACGUCCCCCAGAGCCGCUCCAUCAGGUUCCUGAUCCGGCCCCCCCUGACGCCCCUGCGCGGGGAGGACCAGCAGCAGCUCACCGUGGAGGACAUCUACAGCAAAUUCGGGGCUGUGGAUUAUCACCUGAUAAUAUUCAACCAGAGGACACAGCAGCAGUGGACAAAGAAUGAGCACAACAAAGAAUUUGAAGUUUCCAACCUGGACCCAGACACUGAAUACAACGGGACAGUUUAUAUCUGUCUGCUCCAGAGAAGGAGCAAACCUCAGGUGUUUUGGGUCAAAACUCUGGCAGACAAGACGUGGAUUCUCUACUGUCUGGUGGCCUUGGCCUUCUGUGCUGGGCUGGUUUUUGCUGCCACCGCUUAUGUGAGCUACAAAUACAUCAAACAGCGCAGUGCCCAGCCCAGGGCCCUGGACUUCAGAGGGAUUCCAUCCUUCCAGCCUCUCACCCUGACAGUGGAGCACAUCAUAAAGCCCCUCAGCCUCUCCAAACCUUCCCCUUUCAUCCCUGAAGUGCAGCUGGCCCAGAUGAGCCAACACCUGGAGCCAGCACGUCCCUCCUGUCCCUACCAGCAGCAGGUGGAUGUCCCAGCAGUGCAGCUGCCCCCUCAGCGCUGCCAGGUGGAAAUGCCAGCUGCCAUCACUGCCUACACUCCUCAGAAAGCUGAGCAGGGCAUUGCUGCUGCCCCAGGCAGCUCCAGCCUGGCCCUGACCUACGGGCUGUGCGUGGAGGGCACGGACAGGAGCUCCCAGCCAGAACAGAGGCUGAAGGAAUCUUCUCCACAUCUGAAGGAAUCUUCUCCAGAUGGUUCUGAGGAUGGAGAGCUCCGAACCCACGGGCUGGGGAAGAGCUGCAGCCACUGGGAUUACAGAGAGCAGCAGCCAAAGGUGGCCCUGUGGAAGAGCAGGGACAGACUGGAGUCAGUGGUGAUCCAGGGGAGCCCCGGGCAGACGCAGCUGCUGCUGCAGAGUGAGGAGCUGCAGGAUCCCGAGCCUGUGUCCCAUCUGUCCCUGUCCCUGCUGGAGCAGGGGGGAUGCUACCGCCAGCAGGCAGCCCUGCCCCUGCUGCUGCCCGCGGGCAAGGCUGCCCCGGGCUGCGCUGCCCAGCAGGAGCUGCUGCUGGCACCGCUGCUGCUCUCGGUCCGGACUGGGGGCCACGGGGAGCACUGGGAGCUGCCAGGGCCGUGCCCAGCGCCUGCAGCCCCAGCGCAGCUCCCAGGGACUGCAGCCGUGCCAAUGUUCCCAGCAGCGAAGGGGCUGGAGCUGGGCUGCACUGAGCUCGGCGGGAGCAGCCCGGACAGGGACAGGGACAGGGACACUCCUCUCACCAUGCUCUUCAAGGAUUUGGACCUCAAAGUGCAGUGGGAUGAGGAGAGCACGGAACUUUAUUAGGAGGACUUAAUGGUAUUUAAAUGCAGAUGAUGUUUUCUUGUAUGAACCAGAAGCAAUGCAAACCCACAGCUGCUCCUGGCUGUAUGAACAGAGCUCAGGGCUGUCACACUGCUCCA